UGCGACAUGGAAGACGGGAGAUCGCUGUCAUGGACGGAAGCCUGCGGGACGUGUUCUCCAGUGGCACGCGCUGUCGCUUUUCGUUGUUGACGACAGGCUGACGACAGGUCCCGACGCCGAUGUCUUUGAGACACCGGGCCACAUAUCGAGCUGAACUCUCACAUUCGUUUUCUUCCUUCCUCGUUACCCUGCAAAUGUCAGCAUCGAACGGUCCCAAUGGGGGCACCAGCGGCAUCCGCCGGCUCUCAACAGCACCAACAAAACUGACAGCCCCAGGCUCAACACCCUUGCGACCUUCAAUCACAGCGCUCAAAAAGGUUUCUAGGUCGACCACUGAUGUCUCCACCCGUAAAAUAACCAGCAGCAAAAGCCGCGGCCAUGGCUCCACCGCAGCCACAUCCGCCUCCGCCCGCACCACCACCACCACCACCACCCGCAGGUCCUCCACCGCCCCCUCACGUCCAACCCGCAAAACCCUCCCACGUCUCCCACCGCCCACCCGCCCGUCCCUUCCAACCAUCGGCGGCGGCGCAACCCUCCAAUUAACCCACACCCCAGUCAAACUCACCCACUCAACCUUCGACCUCUUCACGCGCACGACGGGCGAGCCGAUGCGCGCUACCGAUCCGUAUGCGCAGUUCUUGAUGGGACCGAGACGUGUGAAACUCCAUGUGCCGAGUUAUAGGGAGUUGGAGGAGAUGCAAAAGGAAGGGAGGGUGGAACGGGAGCGGGAGCGGGAACGGAGGGCGAGGGAACGGAAUCGGGUUGCGAAGAGGGUGUUGGAGAGUGUGCAGAGCGCGAGGGCAGAUGCGGCUGUGGGCGGGGGGCCAAAAUCGGCCGUGUCGAAUGCGGCAAUUAGUGUUACUGCUAUGGCGCAGGGGUUGACGGUGGGCAGAGCGACGAGCGGAUUUGCGAAGCGCGCAACGUCGGCUGCAGCCGGUCAUCGUCAGCCAAGGAAACCGGCAGGGAAGAAGCGGUUUAGGACAAUGACGACGUAUCAGUACCGGGCAGAUAUGAUGAGCAAGUGGGAGAGGUUGGAGGAUAUGCGCAUCAAAAUCGUGGCGAGGAUGCAGUCUCUAAGACACUGUCAUGGGGAGCUGCAGUCGUUGAAACACAAGAACUCUGAACUACGAGAGCAGUAUGCCACCCUCACCAGAUCAACUAAUGCAAAAGUAACGCGGAUCCUGCUCGCCACAACUACACAAAAUGAUUCUCUGACGAGUGCACACCGAGACCGGAAACGGAGGCGGUAUGAUGCCAUUUGCGAGAUGAAGGACUUUGAUGCGGCUUGGGGAGAUCGCAUCAACGGCGUAAACUCAAUCCUCCUCAAACGCCGCCGCGAACUCCAUGAAGUCGAGCGCGAACUCCUUGCCCUUCGGAACUUCAAAGCGCAAGCCACCUCCGACCCGGCCCACCACCGCGCCCAGCUCGCCCUCCAACUCCGCCAACAAUCCGCGCUAAACCAACACCAUCAAGACCUGCUCGCGCAAGCUGAACAAAACUCGCACGCCCAAAGCGUGUCACAUUUGUCGCUGACGCAUAAACAUCUCGAUACGGUGAUCCAAAGGGCAUAUGGGACGCUGGAUCCGCAGCCGCGCGCGGCGUUGGAGGCGUCAUUGAAGGUGAAUGGGCGGUUGAAGAAGGAGGUUAAGUGCCAUGAGGAGUUGGGAGUGGUGCUACGGGCGGAGAUUGAUAGGCUGAAUGCGGAGAUUCAGAGGAGGAAAGAGGGAAGGCGGGCGGGGAGAGAUCGGCGGCGGGAUGUUCUUGUGUGGAAGAGGAAGGAGGGGAAGGCGGUGAGUAGGUUGGUCGAUGAAUUAGGGGCUUAAAGGCAUUAGGUAUUGAAACGGGAUUUCAUGAUUGCGAUAUAAUCUGCACAUAUUUUUCUGGAAAUCGGACUUGCGAAGUCGGCAGGCACUGCAUUUGAACACCAAACGCUUCAGUCCCCCUAGCCUGUAGAAAGCAACAACAGAUAGGCGUCCUCUCUCGAAACUACGCCAUGCUGACACCGUCGGAACGUUCGGGGGGAAUCUCCUUUGAUCCAACGUCCGCGAAGCACACGAAUCCAUCUCCGCCUGUAGGCCAAA